AGUCUAUAAAAAUGGCGGCCUCCAUGAACUUUUGCCCAGGCGGUGCCGAAUUUGAUGAUGAUGAUGAAUUUGACGACGGGUUUAUAUUUGAUGCGGAGGGAGUUAAUGACUUUGAAAGAUCCUCUUCGAACUAUGCAUUCUCGAAUGGAAACACAAACCAAUACUCAGAUAGAGGAGGUUUUGGAAGUCCUCCAUCCAAAUCUAAUAAAUCCAAGCCGUGUAAAACAGAACAGUCAAAGAAAAGGAGCAGAGAACCAGUUAAAGUGGGGUCAGAUGACUUCAGAAUGGCUGUACUAAGGGGAAAUCUUGAUGCUGUAAAGAGUUUUAUAGAUCAAGGAUAUAAUGUGAACACUGUUCUGAAGUGUGGAUGGACUCCCUUGAUGUAUGCUGCCAGUUCAGCCUUACCUCGUGUUGUUAAGUUUCUUCUGGAUAAUGGGGCAGAUCCCCAUAGUCAUAAAGAUAUGUACACUGUGUUAAUGGCUGCCUGUGGAUCUACUGCCUGUAAAGAGGAGGAUAUUCUUCAGUGUGUGGGGUAUCUGUUGGAGAAAGGAGUUAAUAUUAAUGCUCAUGACAGGUAUCACAUGUCUCCAUUAAUUUAUGCCUGCAGAGAAGGCAGAGCCAAAGUCGCCUCUAAGCUUCUGGAUAACAAGGCUAAUAUCAACAAACAGGAUUCCAGGGGAUGGACCUCACUAAGUUGGGCAGUUAGCAAGAAUCACCAAGCAGUAGUGAAGGUAUUGGUGGAAAGGGGAGCAGAUAAAAACAAGUUGCAAUGUGAUGGACAGACAGCGUUAGAUAUGGCAAUGGCCCAAGAUCUUCAGCCUAUUGUAAAAUUACUUGGGGGAGACACAGGAAAUAGUAAUAAUUCAGCCAAUCAGAAUGCAGCUUACACCAACACUAAUGGAUGGCCAUCACAGUCUAAUGCUACCACCCCAGAAACGACUUCAUCAUCAAAAAAUGCUAUAAUCUAUGGAGAGCUAGAGCUGUUCCUUACUGGGCUGGGACUCAAUCAUCUAGUGCAGUUGUUCCAGGAACAACAUGUAGAGUUUGACAUGUUUCUUAGGAUGACUGAUGAAGACUUAAGCAAGAUGGGGAUUCACCAGAUAGGGAUCAGGAAGAAGAUUUUAGACGGGAUCCAGGCUGUACACAAACGGGAGUGGGAGAAAGAAAGUCUGCCUGCAAUACCAGUAAACAGGAAGCUGAGUUGUGUUGAAGCUGUCGCUAUAGCAGCCAACAUCUGUAAGCACACUAAAUACCUGUCCAGUACCAUAGGUUACAUUGCUGACCAAGUCACAGUGAACUCUUCUGUGUUGGAGGUUCAGGAUGGUUCAACACCCAAACAACUCCAGAGGCAAUGUGAAGAGACCCAAGCAAACGUAUUGAUGUUAGAAAAAGAACUUGAGAGAUUGUCUUCAAGGUUAGAGAAGGUUUUUCAGAGGCGGAAUGUUGACCCCCCUGACCUUGUGACCCCGCCCAUAGAGCAGAGGUCACGUACAUGUAUAAAUUACAAACGUGUUAUUUUAGUCGUCGGUCUGUGUGUUCCAAUUGGAGUGAUGGUUUAUUAUGGCAAACAUUUCGUUCAACGUAUCAAUGGGUUAUUAUCAUCAAAAUGAAAUGCAAAAUAAUUUUUAAAAACGCUGUGAUUAUAUGUUGUGAAAUUGAUAAGAAUCAUUAUAGAGUAUAUGAGUAUUUUUGUGCCAAAAUGUAAACAGGGUUUGAAAGACGAGAGUGUAAGGGAUUUAUGAGAUUGUCUUCAUAAUGAUUUUUUUUUUAAUUGAGAGAGAGAGAGAGAGAGAUUACAUGUACUAGUAUGUUGUUAUGUUGUCUCAGGAAAGACCAAAUCAAAUUUAAACUUCUUAAUACAUCUUGAAAAUGUUUGGUCAGUAUUUUGUUUUCUACUUACUGGACAUGAUUUACACGUGCACUUCUUUAUCAUGAUCUGAAUUACAUGAUUUCCAAAGAAACAAAAACCCUAUAAAAGUUUGGGAAUUUAUGUUUCUUUGACGUUUUUGUGAUUAUAUUGAUACUAUUACGCAGUAUGUGUACUCCGAAUAAUUUGAAAAUAAAAUACACGUAUAUAUCUUCACACUCAAUGUUUCAAUGUUAAAUUUGGGGAAAAUGUUAUUGUUUGGACUAAUUAUGUUCUAACUGUAUGGGUUUUAAUGCAUUACGGUAGUAUUACAUCUACAAAUCUGUACAACCGGAAUAAUUUUUUUUUCA